AAGCCUCACUUUCACCAUAUCUCCAUUCCACUCCAAGUAGCAACAUGUCCAGCAUCCCCAUCACGACCACUUCCUUCCUCCGAUAUCAGCUAUUGACCACCACGUUAAGGUCGGCGCCUAAUGUGGGUGAGUGCUUGUUUGGGUUGCAAAAGCGAGGGAGCCGAGUGACGGCGAUGGCAACAUACAAGGUGAAGCUGAUAACACCAAGUGGAGUGAAAGAGAUAAAGUGUCCGGAUGACAACUACAUUCUCAAUGUGGCGGAGGAUGAAGGGCUGGACCUUCCAUACUCAUGUAGAGCUGGAGCAUGUUCUUCUUGUGCUGGGAAAUUGAUCUCAGGGAAGGUGGAUCAAUCAAAUAUUAGCUUUCUUGAUGAUGAUCAGAUUGCCAAAGGGUGGGUAAUUAAUUGUAUGGCUUAUCCUCUCUCUGAUGUUGUUAUUGAGACACACAAGGAGGAGGAAUUUACAAAUGAGAGAACAAGAAGGAAUUCCAUUUGAAAAAUAAACAAAUGGUGCUGUUUUUAGGUCCUUAGACACGUAUUUGUAUUUGGUAAAAAUAAACCACUGACACUAAUUUAGUGGAUUAAUAAGGCUCAAUAUUUGUCUUUGUUUGCAUGUUGGGUUUUAUGUAGAUCUUUGUGUGUUAUCCAAAGAUAGCUUUCAAUUGGACA